UUGCAGAGGAGCUCAGGCUGAAGGGGCGCGGGGGAGGGUGUCUUUGCGGUGGCCCUGAGCCCCCCCUCCCUCGCUGGCUCCCCCCAGGCUGGGGGGGCUGAGGGCGGCUCCCCUUGGCCUCUCCAGCCUGCAAAGGGGAGUUUCCAGGAAGUGGCCAUAUUGGAUUCAUUCAGCCGCAUCGAUCCGGGGAGAAGAGCGGGGCUCCGGCAAGGCAGUUUCCCGGCCAGAGACCCGCACCAGGACCCCCCGCUCCAGCCAUGGCUGCCACGGACCUGGAGCGCUUCUGUAAUGAAGAGAAGCGGAAUCUUUCCCUGGGGGGCCAUGUUGGAUUUGAUAGUCUCCCAGAUCAGCUUGUCAGCAAAUCUGUCACACAAGGAUUCAGCUUCAACAUCCUCUGUGUGGGUGAAACAGGCAUCGGGAAAUCCACACUAAUGAACACACUUUUCAAUACCACCUUUGAGACGGAGGAGGCCAGUCACUACGAGAAUGCAGUUCGCUUACGACCGCGUACCUAUGACCUGCAGGAGAGCAACGUGCACCUGAAACUGACAAUCGUGGAUGCAGUGGGGUUUGGAGACCAGAUAAAUAAAGAUGAAAGUUACAGGCCAGUAGUUGAUUACAUUGACACGCAGUUUGAAAACUACUUGCAAGAAGAGCUGAAAAUCCGUCGUUCUCUCUUUAAUUAUCAUGACACAAGAAUCCAUGUCUGCCUUUACUUCAUCACUCCAACUGGGCACUCGCUCAAAUCCUUAGAUCUGGUAACGAUGAAGAAGCUGGAUAGCAAGGUGAAUAUUAUCCCCAUCAUCGCCAAAGCAGACACCAUUUCCAAGAGUGAGCUGCACAAGUUUAAGAUAAAGAUAAUGAGUGAGCUGGUCAGUAACGGAGUGCAGAUCUAUCAGUUCCCCACGGAUGACGAAGCUGUCGCAGAGAUCAACUCCGUAAUGAAUGCUCAUCUGCCCUUUGCUGUUGUUGGCAGCACGGAGGAGGUGAAAGUUGGAAACAAGCUGGUGAGAGCUCGGCAGUACCCUUGGGGGGUGGUGCAAGUCGAGAAUGAAAGUCAUUGUGACUUUGUGAAACUGCGAGAAAUGCUGAUUCGAGUCAACAUGGAAGAUCUUCGGGAACAGACCCACACCCGCCACUAUGAGCUGUACCGACGGUGCAAGCUGGAGGAGAUGGGGUUCAAGGACACAGAUCCUGACAGCCAGCCAUUCAGCCUUCAAGAAACCUAUGAGACCAAAAGAAAAGAGUUCCUUGGUGAACUGCAGAAGAAAGAGGAAGAAAUGAGGCAAAUGUUUGUUAACAAAGUCAAGGAGACUGAAUCAGAACUGAAAGAGAAGGAAAGAGAGCUACACGAAAAGUUUGAGCAUUUAAAGAGGAUACAUCAGGAAGAGAAGAGGAAGGUGGAGGAGAAGAGGAGAGAGCUGGAGGAGGAGAUGAAUGCCUUCAACAAGCGGAAACUAGCAGUCGAAACCCUGCAGUCUCAGUCCUUGCAAGCUACUUCGCAGCAGCCACUGAAGAAGGAUAAAGACAAGAAAAAUUAAUCGCACACAGGCCAAGAGUGGACUUUGUACUUUCAUGUGUUAAGUUGCUUGAGUUUCCUACCUUGUGUUACUUCUGUCAUAACAUUGUGUGAGUGGACCAAAGUGAAAGAGAAAAUGAGCCUCUUCAGUGUUUACAGUGUAACAAUUUAUUGUUAUCUGUACAGGACUUAUGAAUAGUUUUUAAGGAAGUAAAUGUCAUACUGUGUAAAUUUUCUGACACAAAGUCAACUAAUCCUGAAAAUGAGCAGGCUUGUUUUGUUUCAGACCUGAUGGGCAAACAUCCACUUGUAAAGUGACCAUAAUUGUUUUAUAAGAAAUAAUGUUACUAAUUGAUAGUUACUUUACAGAUUACAUUAAUUUUUAAUGCUUAAUGGGACUCCUGAUUUGAUUUUUUUUCUACAUUUGUUAUAAGGAGUGUGAAGAACACACUUUUAUUUUUCUAACAAAAGUCACAACUUGAAUAAGUUUAGAAUUGAAGAAAAAAAAAAAACACUUGGAAUUUCCUAACAAGGCCUAAGUGCUCUAGGCUGAGUAACCUACUCUCAGGUCAUUUUUUUAAAAAAACCCUAAUUUCUCUAAACACUUUGUGCCGUGCAUAAUAUAAAGAGAGUGGCAAUACAAGUCCUACGACAACAUUUUGAUUUAUCUUUAUUGCUAACGUGGAACAUUUAAAUAGGAAGAUUUUCCUUUCCUUAGGGUUUGUUAUAUUAUGUGGAACAAUGAGAUUUUUGUAACUCCACUUGUAACUUAACCAGUGUGUUUUGCUAUCAAGAUGUUUGAUCAUUCAUCUUGAACUUAUAAAUUGUUUCCAGUGUAAAAAAUGUACCCAUAAACAGAUGUGUAAUGAAUACAAGUAGCCUGAUCCUAAGCAGGGCUAUGUACCCCCAAGUCCCAUUAGUCCCCUCCUCUCACAAAUUUUUCUCUUUAACACUGUUUUGAUAUUUGGAAACCAUUGUUUAGCCCACAGGGCUGUAUAGGGAACAACACUACUAUUUCAGGCAGCGGCCAGUGGCCCACCCUUUCCAUGAUGUAGGCAAGGCAACUGGUGAAUAUGGGUGUGUUAGGUAGAUUGUACCUUUUUCAUGUAGACAUGGUUUGUCUUCGCUAAAAAUAGUUGGGCUAAAAGAAAACAAAUAUUUGAUACUAGCUCCCACUUAGUGCCUUUAGAGUUUUGGUUAACUGUUUCAGCAAACACUGGCUAAUUAGGUGUUGAUUGUGAGCAUGUCCAUUUUAUUUAGCAUUCAUUUCUUCUAAUCAUUUUUAGAGAUCUCUUAGUCUUUAAACAACCGUGCUGGCAAAUUCCUCAUUUGACUUUUAAAUAAUGGUGUAUAGCCUUGUAAUCUGAGCCUUUAGCAGGUCUGUUCAGAGGUAGCAUUUAGCUGUAUUGUAUACUGAGGUUCUUCAACUUGCAUAUCCUGAUAAAGCAGCUUUUUUAAUACAUGCUCAGGUGUUGAAAUAUUUUUCUUACAGAUGUUGGCCUUUUAUAUGAAUAUAUUGAAAAUCAUGUCACAGUAUUACUUGAUAUUUGUAAGUAAGAACCUCAUGAAAAUUAUACAGGUACUUUUAAAGACAGGCCAUUUUAAAAAGAAAGAGAGUUAAUAGUGAGUAUUAACACUUAUUCAGGACUUUGCUGAGAUCUGACCAUUUAAUUUUAAGGCUGUGCCUCUUUAAACUAAAUAUAUUGUAAAGAAUAACUGUCAAAUGUUGAGGGUUAAUAUGUUUUUUAGAAUAGAUGCUCAAAGAAUAUAGCAUAUUGUUACAUACACGACAAUCCUAGCACAUGAUUUGCUGAAAAUAGUCAUGUGGCAAAUUAGUAGAAAAUCAUGGUAUUCUUAAUCAUGUGAGAAGUUCCAUAAAGAUCAGUGGACUAAUCACAUGAGUAAAGCAAUAGAUUCUGGUUUAUAUUAUUUUACCUUCUCAAAGGCCAACAGUACUGAGAGUUGGAAUAAAGUUAACUAAUUAGAUCACACAUGCAAAUGAAUGCAUUACGAUUGGCUUUUCAGUCAGUAGUUUUCUCCUGAUCUCAUGCUGCAGCCAACAAGAUCAUCUAUGCAAAUAUUUUCUUCCUGAUUGGCUCAUCAGCGAUCAGAAUACUUUUAUUCCUAGAGCUGUAACUAUUGUUUCCUUAAUAUGUUAGUUAAAAAUAAUAAUAAUAAUAAUAAUGAUAAAAAUAAAAGCUUAAUAUCCAUGGCCAUAAGAGAGAUUUCCAGAUAUUUCUGAAGACAUUCAGAAUGUAUGUAACGACAUAUUAAUUAUUAAUUAUUAUUAUUAUAUAUACGUUGACUUCAUGUUGUGGUAAACAUCCUUGUCCUUUUAGUUAAAUACUGACCUCAGCUUUCCCUUGGUCAUUAUUAACCUCUUGAAUUGAUAGACCAUAAUAUUCUCCCCCAACAGAAGUCAAUAUAUGCUUCUUCUUUUGUUAGUACUUGAUUUUUCAUUUUUGCCCGAGACCAAAUUUAAAUGUUUGGUGCAUUAAGCUAGUUAUGUACUUGCUUUUUAUUUAACAAGUUAUCAAUAUAAUGUGACACUAAUCUCACUCCAAGCUGAAGAUUUACCUCUUGUGUUGUAGGCUAGAAGAAAAUAAAGAUUGCUUCAGAAAUUAUACCCGAAAUGAGCAAUCCAAUUAGAAUAUUUUUCCUGGUUAUUUUUUUAACAUACAUCUCUAAAAUGUUGGCAUUAAUGGAAAAGUUAUCCAUUUUCUAUCAUUUAAACACCCAUUACCAUGUAUUGUUUCUGCUUUUUAAGUUAAAAUGUAUUUUGGAUGUCUCUUAAUUUUAUAAACUUUUUAUGUGUGCAUGGAGCAGAUUCUACACAGAAGUGGUUACUGGGUUUUUUUGUUUUUAAUUUGGCAAGAACAUGGAGACAUUUGUGGGACUGCUCUUUUGUAAAGUUAACAUGCUUCUCAGAAAGUGUUGCAUUCAUUCACUUUGUCAUUCAUACUGUUUUUUGCCUUUCAAUUAUUUCUGUUCACUUUGUACUUAUUUCUUUUAUUAAAUCUCACAUUUAUUUUGA